AUGAAGUCGUUCUUCAACCUGACCGUCCUUCUCUUCCUCCUACCCUUGUCCUAUGCCUUGAAAUUCGAACUCGUCGCGGCGCCAGGUCACAGUGCGAAGAACGAACGAUGCAUACGAAACUUUGUGACGAAGGAUACUCUGGUGGUGGUUACCGCCAUCGUUAGCGGAAGCAGAGGAGAUGGCCAGAUGGUCAACAUGCAUAUCAAAGACGCGGUCGGAAACGACUAUGGCCGGCCGAAAGACGUCGCCGGAGAAAAGAGAAUGGCCUUUACCAGUCUCGCAGACACGGCAUUCGAUGUGUGCUUCGAAAACACAUUGACUGGGCGAGCCAGCACACCCAAUCCUUCCCGGUUCGUCGAAUUGGACAUCGACAUUGGUGCAGAUGCCCGUGACUGGUCUGCGAUCCAGGCCUCGGAGAAGCUGAGGCCCGUCGAGACGGAGCUGAAGCGCAUAGGAGAGACGGUGAACGAAAUCGUGCAGGAGAUGGAAUAUCUGCGGAUACGGGAGCAGAAGCUGCGCGAUACUAAUGAGAGCACGAAUGAACGGGUCAAAUGGUUCGCGUUGGGCACGAUGGGCAUGCUGGUCGGGUUGGGGGCGUGGCAGGUCGUCUAUCUGAGGGCUUAUUUCAGGUAUGUGCUUCAAGAUUCUUUUCUCGGUCAUGGUGUGCAUCGGACUCUCGAUGUCUGA